AUGAACACCUGUUUCCUGGACUCGUGUGUGCGUCAGGCGAGCCGCUGCGUGCGGACGGCUAAGCUGGUGGCCCUCCAGCUGCACUUCCUGAACCGGGGGUCCGAGCUGCGCGUCGUCAACCUGCGGCCGGCGGAGCUGCUGAACGCCGUCACGGCGUUGCCACGGUGCUACCAGGUGUUUGUGGUGUCGGAGGCGUACAGCUACAGUCCGGACUGGGCUGAGAUUCUGUACCAGAAGGUGAUCCUGAACGGAGACUUUGUUUACCUGGAGGAGCUCAAACGCCACCGGCCGCUCACCUCCACCCUGUUUGAGGACAUUUUCAAAAAAUUCCAGCAGCUGAAAUAUGGAGGUCAGACUCAGAGCGAGAGCGGCUGCUUAUCGGCUGCCUCCAGACGUGUGUGCGCGUGCGCGCGCGCGCAUUUGCAGUACUGGACUGACUUCUACCUGCGCUGGAACGUGUCAGACUAUCCAGGUGUGACCAACGUCCGAUUCCCCGACAGCCAGAUCUGGAGACCCGACAUCCUGCUCUACAACAGUGCUGAUGAGAGGUUCGAUGCUUCCUUCCACACCAACAUCCUGGUCAACUCCACCGGAUACUGCCAGUACCUGCCCCCAGGGAUAUUUAAGAGCACCUGUUACAUCGACGUGCGCUGGUUUCCGUUCGACGUGCAGCGCUGCGACCUGAAGUUCGGCUCGUGGACGUAUGGCGGCUGGUCUCUGGACCUGCAGAUGAUCGAGGCCGACGUCACCGGGUACAUCGCCAACGGAGAGUGGGACCUCGUGGGUGAGAGCCCCCGCUCGUUGUUCCUACUGCCGACCGGUGGUUUUGGUUUCUGGGAGAGUUUUGAGAGUUACAAUUUUCAAUUUGUUUACACCGACAUCAGGCAGGAAGACGAGCAGGGCGAGCGUGGAGAUGAGGACGCAGGGGAUCAGCAGGUUGAGUCCGUAGUAGAGCGUCCGCCGCCGCAUCACCACGGUGAAGGUCACGUCGGGGUACGGCUCCUUGCAGCAGUCGUAGAAACGCUCGCUCCUCCGCCCGGGAACCGCUGCAGACACAACACCACCAACAACCAGGGUCACAGAACUGAUCUCUGUGUUUCAGCUCAGUACUUCGCGACCACCAUGGUGAUCGUGGGUCUGUCGGUCAUCGCCACCGUCCUGGUUCUGCAGUAUCAUCACCACGACCCCGAUGGAGGAAACAUGCCUCAGUGGACCCGGGUGGUUCUGUUGAACUGGUGCGCCUGGUUCCUGCGGAUGCGGCGUCCCGGCGAAGCCAAGGUGCGCCUGGCGUGCCACAACGCGGCCAAGCGUCGCCGCGGCAGCCUGUCCAGCCUGGAGCUCAGCGUGAGCCAGGGCUCCCUGCGACCCCCCCCGCAGGCGACCAACGGGAACCUGCUGUACGUCGGGUUCCGGGGCGUGGAGGCGUUGCACUACCCGGAGCCCGAGCUGCUCUGCUCGCGGCUGGUGGGCGGCGCCGUGGGGGAGGCCGGAGGAAGAGGAGCAGAGGCAGGGGGCUCCGUCCUGGAGGCGGAGCUAAACCAGAUCCUGGAGGAGGUGAGAUACAUCGCCGGGCGUUUCCGCGGCCAGGACGAGAAGGAGGCGGCGUGCAGCGAGUGGAAGUUCGCCGCGGCGGUGAUCGACCGGCUGUGUCUGGUGGCCUUCUCGCUCUUCACCAUCCUCUGCACCAUCGGCAUCCUCAUGUCGGCGCCCAACUUCGUGGAGGCCAUCUCCAAAGACUUCUUCAGCUGAAGACGGCGAGGACGACGACGUGGCCGCUGAGUCCUGCGGUCUCCAUCUUGGUCACUGUCAACAAACCCCCCCGACAGACCCGACCUGGAGACUGAGUUUAAGGAAGGAAACGUUUGGGCUCUGGAACCAUUUCUAAAGCAUCGUUUAGCACCGCUAUCAGGAAAAACAAACAAAGGAGACCCAACCCUAGUUAGGGUUAGGAAACCUUAAUGGUUAAAAUUAGUUAGUUAACCCUCAUGUUGUCCUCAUGUUGUCUUCAUGUUGUCCCCAUGUUGUCCCCAUGUUGUCCUCAUGUU